AUGCUCGAUUCUACUCCAGCUUUCCAAUCAACCGUUGUGGAUAAUGUUCUUCUACUUCCGCAUAACGUGUCUCUCGCUCUAACAAACGAAAAUCUAAUCAUCAAUGAUAAAUCCCAAGCGAAGCUGCAUCGGCAAAAGCUAUGCGGUUUUGCCGUUGGCAGAGCUCCUUCUGGAGUCGUGAUCUCUCUUUACCACGUGCUUUGGGUAGAGAUUACCCCAAGUGGACUCCUUGUUAUCGACUACGCCGACCCCGUCUCCAAGAAACACCUCCGUGCCGCUAAAUUAUCCUACGCCCUCGGCGAAUUUGUUCGAGACGUGGUUGACACGUGGGUUAACCUCAUUCUUAAGAGGGCAUAUGGGACAGCCCAGCGCAACAGACGUGCUAAGGUCUUGGUUAAUCCGCAUGCGGGACCAGGCGGUGCCGACAAGAUUUGGGAACACGAGGUGAAGCCUCUACUCGAGGCUGCGCGCAUGUCCCUGGACAUAGUACGAACAAAGUUUUCUGGGGAAGCCAUUGGCAUAUGCGAGAACCUCGACGUCGACGCGUACGAUAUAGUAAUCCCUUGCUCAGGUGACGGGCUACCGUACGAGUGCAUCAACGGCCUAGGAAAACGCUCGGAUGCGCGCAAGGCUCUACGCCGGAUUGCUGUGGCGCAUAUACCAUGCGGGAGCGGGAACGCGAUGAGCUGCAAUCUCAAUGGCACGCAUAGGCCGAGUUAUGCGGCGUUAGCAAUUGUCAAGGGCGUCAGUACGCCUAUAGACCUGAUGAGCGUCACCCAGGGAAACACGCGGAUGCUCAGUUUCCUCAGCCAGUCGGUCGGCAUUAUCGCGGAGUGUGACUUGGGGACGGAAAAUCUACGCUGGCUUGGUGCUGCACGAUUCAAUGUUGGAUUAAUGCAGAGGAUAUUUAGCAAGAGGGUGUACCCAUGCGAUAUCUCGAUGAAAGUGGAGAUAGCAGAGAAAGCCGAUAUCAAGGCACACUACAAGCGCGAACAAACAGAAGGCGACUAUACGACACGAAGAGAGGUCGAUGUGCCGAGAGAAGCAUCUUCAGCGGGCGAAUAUACGUCUAGUGAUACAGAUACCGGAGAGGGGUUGCCACCGUUGAGGUUUGGAACCAUCAAUGACAAGCUUCCCGACGAUUGGGAGACGGCGUCAUAUGACAAAUUAGGAAAUUUUUACUGUGGGAAUAUGGCCUGGAUGGCGCCCGAUGCGAACUUCUUCACAGCAGCAUGCCCUAAUGAUGGGUUGAUGGAUGUUGUGCUGAACGAUGGCGAUAUUUCUGCUGCUAAGUAUUUAGAAUUAUUGACAUCAGUUGAAACUGGCCGCUUAUUCGACAACCCUCAUGUAUCGUAUCGGAAGGUUGCCGCCUACCGGUUUACUCCUCGUAACCAGAAAGAUGGCUACAUCAGCAUCGACGGAGAGCACGUCCCUUUCGAGCCCUUCCAAGUCGAGAUCCACCAGGGGUUAGGUACUGUAUUAUCAAAAAGCGGAAAGUAUGAAGCCGCCGGGCCAUCGGACUGGGAGAAAGCCAGCGUAUAA